UUUCAAAAAAGCUACCCCAAGCGCUUUUUCGAAACAGAAUCAAACACGCACAAAAACUUUGAUACUACUCUUCUCUGCUCAUUAAAAAGUAUAUGCCAGUACCCCAUUUAGGAUUUUAAUGAGUAUAUUGCUGCUCGAUCAUUCUGAGUCACUUCAUAUUGUCUAUAGACUCUGAUAUAAAUCUGGAGAGAGAGAGGGGUAAUGAAGAAGCAGGUGAAGACACAAGAGGGACCUACUGCUUAUUUUUUGGCGGGCAUCAACAGUCGCCAUCAAUGAUUUUUUGCUUUGAGUGGUGGCGGUUCUCUCAAUGACCCAUCUAAUCACUCAAACACACACACACACACACACACUCUUUGCAUAUUUUGCUGGAGAGAGAUCUUGAUUUAAAACCAACCAUCCUCAUCGACCUUUCUCUUUAUUUCUUUGUCAUUUUGUUCAUAAAGGAAUCAGUAGGUGUAAGUCAGUGUGUGGUUGUGUGAAACAAAGUUAAAAGGAUCUGUUUAGUUGUUUGGACGGAAGGCCAAAAUUGCAGAUCUCAUUCAUAUGAAGAGAUCUUUCACUCUGGUGGAUGUGCUUCUGGUAGUAGCAUUCUUGAGUGAUGCUUCAUGGGCUGUCAAGGGCAGCUCACAGUGCAGACAAACAAGAUCAGGGAUGAUUAGGCCUCAUAGUGUUUCUAUCACUGAAUUUGGUGCUGUUGGAGAUGGUGUCACUCUCAACACCAAAGCCUUUCAGAAUGCCAUAUUCUAUCUCAAUUCAUUUGCUGACAAGGGAGGGGCCAGGCUUUUUGUCCCGGCAGGCAGGUGGUUGACAGGAAGCUUCGAUCUCAUCAGUCAUUUAACCUUGUGGUUAGAUAAGGAUGCAGUAAUUCUUGGAUCUACAAACUCAGUUGAUUGGCCAGUUGUUGAUCCUCUACCCUCAUAUGGCCGAGGUAGGGAAUUGCCUGGUGGAAGACAUCGAAGCCUUAUAUAUGGACGCAAUUUGACGGAUAUUAUCAUAACAGGUGACAAUGGAACUAUUGAUGGUCAAGGCAGAAUAUGGUGGGAGUGGUUUCAAAGUGGAAGCCUGGAUUAUACCCGGCCCCAUCUGGUUGAAUUGAUAAACUCCAUUGGCGUUGUCAUCUCAAAUUUGACAUUCUUAAAUUCACCUUUUUGGACUAUUCACCCUGUAUACUGCAGCCAUGUUAGAGUGCAGAAUGUCACUAUCCUUGCUCCACUUGAUUCACCCAACACGGAUGGGAUUGAUCCAGACUCUUCCAAUGAUGUUUGCAUUGAACACUGUUAUAUUAGCACUGGUGACGAUCUGAUUGCUAUCAAAAGUGGGUGGGAUGAAUAUGGGAUUUCAUAUGGUCGUCCUAGUACAAGAAUUUUCAUUCGUGGGCUCGUCGGAGAAACUCAGUUGGGAUCAGGUAUUGCAAUAGGAAGUGAGAUGUCUGGAGGUGUAUCUGAAGUGUAUGCAGAAAAUCUCCAGUUUUUCAACUCAGUCACAGCUAUCAGAAUAAAGACUUCCCCUGGAAGGGGUGGUUAUGUGAGAAAUAUGUACAUCUCAAAUGUGACCUUAGAUCAUGUGGACAUAGCUAUAAGGUUUAUGGGUCAGUAUGGGGAGCACCCAGAUGAGUUUUUUGAUCCAAAUGCUCUCCCCAUAAUAGAAAGGAUUACUAUUAAAGAUGUGACUGGGAAGAAUAUAAAAGUGGCUGGCCUCCUAGAAGGUAUAGAAGGGGACAAUUUUCUCAACAUUUGCUUAUCGAACAUCACCCUCAAUGUAAUCUCAGAGACCCCAUGGAAAUGCUCUUAUAUUGAAGGAUAUUCCAACCUUGUUACUCCAGAAACCUGUGAUUCUCUUAAAGAGAGCAUCUUCCCCAAGCAUUACUUAGAUUGUUUCUAUUUAUCCAGAUAUUUGUGGAGUUCAAGUAAUCAAGACAAAGGUGCUCGGUUAUGGUCUUGGUAAAUAACGAAACAUAGUAUUUACUUGGUGGUGAAAUCACCUUCUUCUGUGAAUUUCAAUUUAGCUGGAAAUUUGAUUCUAGCCACUCUCAACGCAGGUUCCCAGUUGAGUGGAGUUGCUGAUCUUUGAUUUUUGACAUGCGAGCUUUUCUUUUAUCUUUUUUCUUUGUUCCAUAUGUUCUUUGAAUUUCAACAAAUAAUAGAGUGAUUAUAAGAAAAUCAAGAUAGAACAAACAUGAAGAAGACCAUUUUGUUCUCUGAAAGUGAUAAGUUAUGGCUUUGUUUGAUCUUGUUACUGAUAUAUAAUAAAGCUUAGUAUUGAAAUAU